AUGCAAGAGUUUGGGGAUAACACUAAUUUCGUUAAUACUGCGUCAACCGAAAAAUCCAUGGGAUGGGGUCACCUUGGAAGACACGGCUCCGACGCCGAUGCAGGUCCGAGCACCAGCACGGCGGAGCAACGCCGCUUUCCGUCGGCGGCCCAGCCGGAAAUGAUGAGAGCAGCUGAAAAAGACGAUCAGUACGCCUCUUUCGUUUACGAAGCCUGUCGCGACGCCUUCCGCCACCUCUUCGGUACUAGAGUUGCGGUGGCUUAUCAAAACGAGACGAAACUUUUAGGGCAAAUGCUUUAUUAUGUUCUCACAACAGGCUCUGGACAACAAACACUUGGAGAGGAAUACUGUGACAUCACUCAGGUUGCAGGACCUUAUGGACUUCCUCCUACACCAGCCAGGCGUGCUUUGUUUAUUGUAUACCAAACGGCGAUUCCAUACAUUGUAGAACGAAUUAGUUCUAGAAUUGCUUCCCGAGGGAUUAUCCUAUCUGAUUACGAGUAUGCUGAGGUUUUUGGUGAAAAUGCCCGCGGGAGUGAACUUGCUCCUUCGUCUGCCUCAGGGCAUUCUACUUCAACUAUGACGAGGUUGAAGGAGAAAGUCCGUGGUUUUUGGUUGCAUAUGGUUCAGAGAUGGCCUACGAUGCUCCCUUUUGUUCGUGAGUUAUUGCAGCUGGUUCUUCGUGCUAACCUCAUGUUGUUUUACUUUGAAGGCCUCUAUUAUCAUAUAUCCAAACGUGCUUCUGCCAUUCGUUAUGUAUUCAUUGGAAAAGCAUCAAAUCAAAGACCCAGAUAUCAAAUAUUGGGAGUAUUUCUGCUGAUUCAACUUUGUGUAAUAGCUGCUGAAGCGCUUCGUCGAAGAAAUUUUACAUCAAUUGCUGGUUCAGUUCAUCAGGCAUCCUUUGCAACCCACAAUACAUCAGCAGGACACGGUUUGCCUGUUCUAAAUGAAGAAGGUAAUUUGGCAUCUCCAGAAGCUGACGAGGGAAGUUGGGUCUCUGGAUCUUCAUCUUCUGAGCAUCAUGCAACCAGUGGUGUUAGCAAAUGCGCGCUUUGCUUGAGUAAUCGCCAACACCCCACAGCUACUUCAUGUGGCCAUGUAUUUUGCUGGAACUGUAUUACAGAAUGGUGCAACGAAAAGCCAGAGUGCCCUCUUUGCCGCACCCCUAUAACACACUCAAGUCUAGUUUGUAUUUAUUAUUCAGACUUCUAG